AAAACAAAAACAAAACAUAUAUAUAUAUAUAUAUAUAUAUAUAUAUAUAUACACUAUAUUGCCAAAAGUAUUGGGACACCCCUCCAAAUCAUUGGGUUCAGGUGUUACAUGGCACAGGUGUAUAAAAUCAAGCACCUAGGCAUGCAGACUGCUUCUACAAACAUUUGUGAAAGAAUGGGUUGCUCUCAGGAGCUCUGUGAAUUCAAGUGUGGUACCGUGAUAGGUUGCCACCUGUGCAAUAAGUCCAUCAGUAAGAUUUCCUUGCUACUAAAUAUUCCACCCUCAACUGUUAGUGGUAUUAUAACAAAGUGGAAGCAACUGGAAACAAUAGCAACUCAGCCAUGAAGUGGUAGGCCAUGUAAAAUGACAGAGUGGGGUCAUGCUUAAGUGCGCAGAAGUCGCCAACUGUCUGCAGAGUCAAUAGCUAAAGACCUCCAAACUUCGUGUGACCUUCAGAUGAGCGCAACAGUGCGUAGAGAGCUUCAUGGAAUGGCUGAGCAGCUGCAUGUGGUGUAAAGCAUGCCACUACUGGACUCUGGAGCAGGACUUCUCUGGAGUGACGAA